AUGCGCAAACACCCCGGGGCUUCCCGUGUCGCUGACUCAGGCGACCCCCCAAGGCGCCCAGGUGUGAUGCGCAAACACCCCGGGGCUUCCCGUGUCGCUGACUCAGGCGACCCCCCAAGGCGCCCAGGUGUGAUGCGCAAACACCCCGGGGCCUCCCGUGUCGCUGACUCAGGCGACCCCCCAAGGCGCCCAAGUGUGAUGCGCAAACACCCCGGGGCCUCCCGUGUCGCUGACUCAGGCGACCCCCCAACGCGCCCAGGUGUGAUGCGCAAACACCCCGGGGCUUCCCGUGUCGCUGACUCAGGCGACCCCCCAACGCGCCCAGGUGUGAUGCGCAAACACCCCGGGGCCUCCCGUGUCGCUGACUCAGGCGACCCCCCAAGGCGCCCAGGUGUGAUGCGCAAACACCCGGGGGCCUCCCGUGUCGCUGACUCAGGCGACCCCCCAAGGCGCCCAAGUGUGAUGCGCAAACACCCCGGGGCUUCCCGUGUCGCUGACUCAGGCGACCCCCCAACGCGCCCAGGUGUGAUGCGCAAACACCCCGGGGCCUCCCGUGUCGCUGACUCAGGCGACCCCCCAAGGCGCCCAAGUGUGAUGCGCAAACACCCCGGGGCCUCCCGUGUCGCUGACUCAGGCGACCCCCCAACGCGCCCAGGUGUGAUGCGCAAACACCCCGGGGCUUCCCGUGUCGCUGACUCAGGCGACCCCCCAACGCGCCCAGGUGUGAUGCGCAAACACCCCGGGGCCUCCCGUGUCGCUGACUCAGGCGACCCCCCAACGCGCCCAGGUGUGAUGCGCAAACACCCCGGGGCCUCCCGUGUCGCUGACUCAGGCGACCCCCCAACGCGCCCAGGUGUGAUGAGGAAACACCCCGGGGCUCCCCGAGCGGGGGGCGGGCGGCGGCAGCGGCGGCGGACACACGACAGCGUCGGCGACGGCCCGGGGAGCCCGACUCUGAGGGGACCGGAGAGCUCCGCCUCCCUGACACCCGCGGGCAGCCAGGUCACCUCCGUCUAA